UUUCCAGACGUAUUUAACGAAGUUUCCAAUAUUUGGUUGCCUUUCUCUUUAAAUCUUUCUCGUUUUAUGAAUAUGGAAUCAAUUGAAAACGAAGUUGAAGAAGCUUUUGGAUCAUUAACCCAAAUUUCUCUUCUCUCCAACGAACACGGCAUUACCUCUCUUCGAACGUUGCACAAAGUCUCAUUAGAAAAGGCUUCUCUUGCCGCAGCAUUUCACCCAGAAGCUAUUUGGGAUCAUUUGUCGCAUAAUCCUCGUGUCCUUUAUAUAACUUCAAACCCUCCAAAGGUUGAGGGAACCAGAUGGGUGCAAAAAAGAGACAUUAAAAAUUAUAAUUGA